AGUCGAGUACUCUUGCAUUCUUGAGCGAAGCUUGAAGGGUAACGCGUUGGCAGGAAGUUUACUAUGCUUUAAAUGAAGGAUUAUCAGCGUCUAUUCUACAUCAGAUUCAAAUAAAUGACUUGGAUUAGUUGAAAUGGGACAUAAUCUUCAAAGCGACGGAAGUAUGAAUAUAUUGGCAGACUAAAGCAGACGGGAAACAUGUCAGAGUAUGAGUGCGCGUUGACUCAUGCUCUGCUGAAGGUCACUGUGCCACUUUGGACAGAAAUGUCUAUAUCAAAAUCCUGAAACCUGGAAUAUGUCUUAUUUUCACCUUCCAUCGGUUUAAUGUUACAUAUUGCUUCUACUAUUGUGAAUGCUGACUGAAAAAUAUCAUGCAAAGCAUAUGAAAAAAAGAUUCAAAUAUCAAAAAAACCUUUUCUCGCUCAUCCUUCCGUCAAACCUUCCUGUCCUACAAGCCCACUUCAAGUCCAUUUCUUCCUUCCUGAAUCCUCUGUCCUAUCACACAUCAGGCCAUGCUACGCAAGAGAAGUCCUCUUAUCAUUUGUGGUGCUUUCAUAUUUGUAGCCUGGAAUGUUGUUCUUAUUUUUGUCCUCAUGAAACGCCCUUCCACGCAAGGGUCUCUUGACAGCCCGGAUGAACCUGGUAACACGGGAGACGGAGCCGGAGGAAGCCAGUUUGGAAAUAUUAUGAACGAGGUGAUGCGUGUAGCUAAUGCAUUUGAAUCUGAACUUGAUUCGCAGAAGAAGAUCCUAUUGCAAAUCCAGAGCCAUUGGGCGAUUUGGGAGAACAAAGGCGGUGUGACAGCUGCUAAGCCAAAAUCACAAGCCGAACAUUCAGCUCCGGCGGUCAUCCCCAUUUUGGUCAUUGCCUGUAAUCGUGUGACUGUGAAACGCUGCCUUGACAAACUCAUUGAGCACCGACCGGCGGCUGAACUUUAUCCAAUCAUAGUGAGCCAGGACUGUGGACACGCAGAAACAUCUGACAUGAUCGCCUCGUAUGGCAGUCAGCUGACCCAUAUCAAACAGCCUGAUCUCUCUGAUAUCUCAGUACCUCCACAGCAUAAGAAGUUCCAAGGUUACUACAAAAUCUCCCGACAUUACCGGUGGGCGCUCAACCAGGUUUUCAACACCUUUUCAUACUCCUCGGUUGUUGUUGUGGAGGAUGAUUUGGAGGUGGCCCCUGAUUUUUUUGAGUACUUCAGAGCACUUCAUCCAAUUUUAAAAUCGGACCCGACUCUGUGGUGCGUGUCUGCCUGGAAUGACAAUGGCAGGGAAGGAUUUGUGGACCCUGGAAAAGCGAGCCAGUUGUACAGGACAGAUUUUUUCCCAGGCUUGGGCUGGAUGCUCACAAAGGACCUCUGGGCAGAGCUUGAGCCAAAGUGGCCAGCCUCGUUUUGGGACGACUGGAUGCGCCACCCCGAUCAGCGCAGAGACAGGUCCUGCAUCAGACCAGAAAUUUCCAGAACUUUAACAUUCGGUCGGAAGGGUGUGAGUUUGGGGCAGUUUUACGACAAGUACCUCCGCUUUAUUAAGCUGAAUUCCGAAUUUGUGCCUUUUAUGAAAAUGGACCUUUCUUAUUUAGAAAAGAAGAAAUAUGACGAGAGCUUUGUGAAGGAGGUUUAUGGUGCUCCAGUUGUUACUGUGGAGGACUUGCAAAGUGGGAAACUGUCUGGGUCUGGUCCGUUUCGGGUGCAGUAUUCCAGUCCUGACGGUUUUAAAACAUUGGCUCGCAAUCUUGGUGUGAUGGAUGACCUGAAGUCAGGAGUCCCACGAGCAGGGUAUAGAGGUGUAGUUAGUUUCCUUUCACGUGGAAAGAGGGUCUAUUUAGCUCCACCUGCUGGUUGGAGUCAGUAUGAUCCGAGCUGGAGUUGAGGUGUGCUGUAACUACAUCACAGGAAUUUCUUUUAAAGUGCAAAGCAUAUGAAAAUUAUAUUGCAUAUUAUCUGUUACCAUCAUUCCCUUCCCAGAGAGUAAUUGUCUUAAAAUUCCAUUGUGCUGCUUUAUGAUGGAAAAACCUCUUGUAGGGGUUUCAGAAUGAUACCAAAGAUAAUACCAUUAAUUGAUCACUCAGAUUUUUGCCUCAGGUUUCAUUAUUUGUCAGUAUAAAGUUAACUAGGAUUUAUGUGAGAACUUUGUGACGUUAGAUGCAUCAUUAAACUGACAGAUAAAACCUAAAUCUUAUGCUGACCAGCUAUACAUGUUUUUCACACAAAGUAUACUUGUUCAGGAACUAAAAAUGAGAGUAAAUAGGUUUAAAAAAAUAACACUUAUUUUUUAAUACUGUGAAUACUGCUCUAAGUGCCUAUGAAUGUAGAAUUUUGAUUCACCUCUGUGUACUGUCUUUAUUAAAUUGUGUGUACAGUUCAUGUCAUAGUGUUUGGAAUAUGUUAGGAAAAAUCAUUUGACAGAAACAUGAUUGUUUUGUGUUUUACUUGUAUAGGGGGAUAUUUUGAAGAGGAAAAUAAAUGUUUUGUUAAAUUUGA